AUGACCCAUAGCAGCAGCCAAGAUGGCUCUGCUCCCAACGAGAAGGAUGUUGGAGUCCCUGGGUACACAGCAGCCACAGGGCACAGUCAACAGGACGGCGCAGUCCGCUCCGACAACUGGAUGACCCGCAAUGGACUCAACCUCGAGUCCUUCAAGAAGAGAGAUUAUGGGAAAGGCAUCGUCGAGCUCGACCGAACCAUGAAGCCCAGGCACUUGCACAUGAUUGCCAUUGGAGGUUCGAUCGGAGCAGGCUUCUUCGUCGGUUCCGGUAGCGCGCUGAGCAAGGGUGGUCCCGGAUCCCUCUUGCUCGACUUUCUCAUCAUUGGUAUUAUGAUGUUCAACGUCGUGUACGCUCUUGGUGAACUCUCUGUCAUGUAUCCUGUCUCUGGUGGUUUCUAUACGUACGCCGUCCGCUUUAUCGAUCCCGCCUGGGGCUUCGCUAUGGGCUGGAACUAUGUCAUGCAGUGGGCUGUGGUUCUUCCACUUGAACUUACGGUGUGCUCGCUGACGAUAGGAUACUGGGACCCUGAGGGCAAAAUCAGCGUCGGCGUCUGGAUCACAGUCUUCUUCGUCCUUAUCCUCAUUGUCAAUAUCUUCGGAACCCUCGGAUACGCUGAGGAGGAAUUCUGGUCUUCAUGCAUCAAAUUGGGCGCCACCGUUGUCUUCAUCCUCAUUGCUUUCGUAAUGGUUCUCGGUGGUGGUCCUGACAACGGCCGUUAUAACGAAUACUGGGGCGCCCGUUUAUGGCACGAACCAGGUGCCUUUAACAAUGGAUUCCUUGGAUUCUGUUCCGUCUUCGUAACAGCGGCAUUUGCCUUUUCUGGUACCGAGUUGGUCGGCCUGGCAGCUGCUGAGUCUGACAACCCCGUCGCAGCACUGCCCGGUGCUAUCAAGCAGGUCUUCUGGCGAAUCACUCUGUUCUAUAUUCUUGGUCUUCUCUUUGUUGGACUACUGAUCCCUUACGAUGAUCCCAACCUCCUUGGCGCCGCCGACUAUAUCAACGUCAAUGCCUCACCGUUUGUCUUGGUUGGCAAGUACGCUGGCCUCAACGGAUUUGACAGCUUCAUGAACGUUGUUAUUCUUAUUUCUGUCUUGUCCAUCGGUGUGUCUGCUGUCUACGGUGGAAGCCGUACUUUGACUGCACUUGCCCAGCAGGGUUAUGCUCCUAAGAUCUUCACCUAUGUUGACCGAUCCGGAAGACCUCUUGCCUCUGUGGGUAUCAUCAUCGCAUUCGGCCUUCUCGCAUACGUCAACCUGAACAGCAGUGGACCUGACGUGUUCACCUGGCUCCAGGCUCUCUCUGGACUUGCUGCCCUCUUCACUUGGGGCUCUAUCUGUCUCGCACAUAUCCGAUUCCGCAAUGCAUGGAAGUACCAUGGCCACACCUUGGACGAGAUCCCGUUCCAGGCUAUUUUCGGCGUUUACGGCUCUUACGUUGGCUUGGUACUCAUUGUCCUCGUGCUCAUCGCCCAAUUCUAUGUUGCUAUCGAGCCUCUGGAUGCAACUUCUUUCUUCCAGUCGUAUCUCGCCAUGCCUGUCGUCAUUUUCUUCUGGUUUGUGGGAUAUUUCUGGAAGCGGGAGGGAUGGCUUCGCACUUCUCAGAUGGAUGUUGACUCGGGUCGCCGAGAGCUGAACUGGGAUGAGAUUCGGGCUUACCGGGAACAUUUGGCUGCACAGCCAGCGUGGAAGCGUUUCUAUCACAUGCUGUUCUAA